CUCGUUCGUUGAUCUCCGCAACCUUCAGAUCUGAGACGGUGUUUCAAUUCCCACGUCCGCGGCCAAGGGAAUCUGGGGUCUUAGCCUAGCACUUAAGUUGAAGGACCUUGAAAAGAAGCUGCAUGCCCCGGGAUUUUUGUGGUGACUUUGUAACCGAUUAGAAUUGGAGACACAAUCACAAUACCUUGUAUCCGCAAAACUGGUCACCUUCAUAGAAAACCCUUGAACCUCUAAAAUCCAGGACCACUCGUGACACACACACCCUACACCCCCCUCACAAUGGCAAACCUCGACACCAACAUCCGCACCGUCCUCUCCCACAUCCUCCCCACCCUCACAGCCCGCCUCUCCUCCCCCAACCCAAACACCCCCAUAAUCCUCGGUAUAACCGGCCUCCAAGGCAGCGGCAAGUCAACCUGGGCCUCCCACAUCGUCUCCAUCCUGUCGUCGCCCCCUUACAACCUCUCCACCAUCACCAUCUCCCUAGACGACCUGUACAAGACGCACGCGGACCUCGUCGCGCGGCGCGACGCGGACCCUUCCAAUGCUUUGUAUCGGACGCGGGGGCAACCAGGGACGCACGAGGAGGAGCUUGCGAGGAGGUUUUUCGGGGAGCUGAGGGCGUGGGAUGGGGAGGGGGAGUUGAAGGUGCCGAGGUUCGAUAAGAGUUGUUUUGGUGGCGAGGGGGAUCGCGCACCGAGGGAGGAGUGGGAGGUCGUGGAGAGGAAGCCGGAUGUUGUGGUUUUUGAGGGGUGGUGUGUGGGGUUUCAGGCGAUUGGGGAGCGGGAGAUUGUGGAGAAGAGGGAGAGGGCGGAGAGGGAGAAGGGGAGUGGAGAGGAGGAGUUGUCGAUUACGACGUUGGCGGAUCAUGAGGUGAAGCAUUUGAAGGAGGUGGAUGAGGGGUUGAUGAGGUAUAGUGAGGCGUUUAUGGGACCGGAGCAUUUUGAUUUCUUGGUGCAUAUCGAUACGGACGAUUUGAGGAAUGUGUAUAGGUGGAGGUUGCAGCAGGAGCAUGCGAUGAUUGAGAAGAAGGGGUCCGGGAUGAAGGAUGAGGCGGUCGUCGCGUUCGUGAAGGGAUACAUGCCUGGUUAUGAGCUGUAUCUGGACGGGUUGAGGAAAGGGUUCUUUGAGCCGGGUAGCGGAAGGCAGGUUAGAGUUGUGUUGGACCGAGAAAGGAACGUCGAAAAGGUGGAAGUCAUUUGGGGGAACCCAUAUCCAAGCAGCACACAUCCAGUUGAUGAAGGUCAGAGCAGAUAGUACUAAAUGUCUGCCUUAUCGCGUAAUGAGGAUCGAAGCGUAAGCUGAACACGACACAUCACGAUCCAAAACAUAGAGUCAAACACAUAAACAUGUAUGU